GCAGGAUGGAGCAAGCACAGAAAGAUCGCAAGGCGCUCCAGGAGCACGUCGACCGUUUGGGCGACGGCCUCGUCAAGACGCACAUGCUCAAGGCCCUCGUUGAGCUCGAUGCCAUCCUCGCCAAGGAAGCCACGGAGGAUCCUUGGGUCGUGCGCAUUCGCAGCCACGGCCUCGUGGUUAAGCAAGCGAAAGAUGCGCUUGGGCUCGUCGUGCACCUUCUCAUGCAAGACGCAGGUUUUGCGUCUUCGAUGCCAGGCACAACGACCACCGACGUUCUGCCCGUGCCGAGCGACUGGGACAAGAACGCUGCCGAAGGAAUCUACAUCUUCAACUACCACUUCAAGCUGCGCCGCUCGACGCGGCAGUUUGUGCUCAAGGCGCUGUACAUUGGCAACACGCUCGCAGUGCACAUUACGGACGAGAAUGACAAGGUGUCUUCGAUCGAGCUCAAUGCCCCGACCUACAUCCGGGACCUCACGGCAACCAACGCCAACGCGGCCGACAUUGUUCAAAACGUGACGGCCCUCCAUCAGCAGUGGACGAGCUUUGUCGACUCCUUCUUGCCCAAGGAUGAUGACCUCGGCGACGUGCCGCAAAUGCACCGCCCGGCGCCGGCCGCCCCUUCGUCGCUGCUUCAGGAGCCCGGGUACCCUCGGAUGCCGUCCGUUGUGCCGUCCGUUGGUCGUGGAGACAUCAUGCCCGACUUUGACAUGGGCGGGCACCGUGACCCUGGCAUGCUGGUCGGGCCCAACCACCCGCUCUUUGGCGGGCCACCGGCGUUCCAAGGGUCCGUGCCUGGCGCUCGCUUCGAUCCAUAUGGACCUGUGGGCCCUCGUCCGAUGCAUCCAUUCCCCAACCAGCCCCCUGGUGGUCGGGCGCCGCGCCAGCCUUUCGGAGGACCUGACCCCGACCACCUCCGCAUGCCUGGAGGCCGCGAUCCGAACGUCGACAACAUGUUCUUCUGA